AGUUGAGUUCAGUUGCAGUUUGUUGUCGCGUCGGAGAGCACAUAACACUGAAAUUUCGGCAACCAAAAACGGAUUAAAAAUUUUUGAACAGCAUUUUUUUUUAAAUAAAUUUUAUUACGCAAAAACAACAAAAACAAAAAAGAAAUUAAAAAUAACAAUAAAAAGAAGAAGAACGUGUGAAUGAAAAACUGAAAAUCGACCAAAAAAAAUAUUAUUAUUGAAUAUUGAAACGCACAACGAAACGUCGCACAAACACAACGACACACACACGCACACAUAAAUUUCUACUUCAGCUGUAUUAAACGCAUAAAAAUGGCACUCACACACACACUUACAUUUAACUAUUAAUAAGUCGAAUAUAAAGAAAGCGAAAAUUUAUGCAUUUUAAAUACAUAUAAACACACACAAAUAUAUGAAGGUGAUAUACUCGUACAUAUGUAUGGUGUGCACUAUUGACAUCAGCGCAAAAAUAAAAACAGUUGAAACACCGAAAUGCAGCGACAAUAAAUAAUAAACUUAGCGUGUAAUAUUAAAUUCCAAUUCGACAACAUAAAAACGCGUUGCCAUAACGGUAUAUGCAGUGCCCAUUUGAGUGUAAGUGUGCGUGCAGAGCAUAAUAACUGUAAAUUUUGAACAUAUUGUCGACUUUAAAAUGGAGAAUUAAUUAUUGAGGAAAUCGGUUGCUACUUACACGUAUAUCCACACUCACACACAUCAAAACUGAACAAUCGACACAAUUGCAUUUCAACGAGAGACUUACAACAUAUCAAAAGCAUUACGAGCGACAAAUAAAAACAAAUGCAAAGCAGAUAAAAGGAGCAUAGCGAAGCGAUAGAGGAUAAAUAGCAAUUAAUUGCAGUAGUUUUACACAUAACAGCACUUUACAACAACUUUAGCAGCGAAAACUAAUAACAGCGAAAACUUUACUGACGACGACAAAAACAACAAAAGCCCAACAGCGACAGCUGAACUGAAAUAGGCGAUAAAGAGAAGAAUAACAACAACAAUAACGGUGAUAAUAAUAAUCACAGAGCAAGAGCAAGAGCAAUUUCAAAUCAAACAACGACUACUUUUAAUCCUUCAAGAAACACGCACACACACACACACUCACACAUACGCAAACGCGUACAUACGAAACUGAUAAACGCAUAUCGAAGCGCACAAAAUACAAGACCAAUUUCGCGUUAGCGACCACACCCACACACACCGCCAACAACUACAAAUAAGUCAGCAAAAAGAAGAAGAAGCAGAGAAGUGUUGUAAGUGUAGCUCUAAACCAGCACAACAGCUGCGCUUCUCGGUGUGUCGGUAAAAACUUAUCCGUUCUCGUUUGCAAAGUCGCGCGCUAAGCGCCACGCAAAGCCACAAAACUGGAGGAGCACGGCAACGGCAGCGGCAGUGGCAGCAACGGAGGCGGUGGCGGCGGCAGUGCCGGCAGUGCGAUGAGUUCGAAAGUCAGUUCGCUGGAGGAGAAAGUGAAACUCCCGCCAACGGAGACGAUAAGCCGGUGUUAUCAGCCACCAGGCAAGAAUCGCAAAGUCAUACGCAUCCUCACCGUGGCGGUGUAUGUGUUGUGCGUCUCGUUGGCGGCGAUUAUGUUGUCGCUGUACUACAUCUUUAUUUGGGAUCCAACUAUUAGACCCUUUGUCACUAAGGGCAACCAAUGUGACAAAAUUGUGAUACCAGAGAAAAUCGCUAUACGCCUACUCAACUCAUCGGAAGUCACCGCCGAGCAAUUCUACAAACACAUACUCGAACAAUAUCGCAUACUCAAUCAGUUGCAACUGCAGCGACAACAAUAUCUACAAAAACAACAUUUGCAUCUACAACAACUGGCAGCGGCCAAUAAAUUUCAAGAAAUCUUCGCCACAGCGACAAUAAUACAAGCGAAUCCCAAUGAUCCGUUACGAAAACCGAUUACACCAACAAAUGGCACCUUCCUACUGGAUCCAUCACAAACCAUGGCAGUGAAUAGCAUCGAACCACGCAUACCGAUUUUGGAUACUGCGCAAGCGCCCAUACCAGUGCUGGCACCCGCAUCAGCGCUGGCCACAGCGAUCUCCUCAUCGUCGUCGUCGGCAGCAGCAAUGGCAGCGGCCAGCGCGAGUAACGGACACAUCAAACGCAAGUCGCAUCGCAAACACUACAACAACAACAAUCAUCAUCGGCAUACAUCGCGGAAGAAUCAUCGAAAGACCGUUGCUGGCGUUGUGGGUAACGGUAACAACAAUGCGGAUAACUAUAAUAACAGCAACAACGAUUAUGAGCCCGAACCAUUUGUCGUCGAAUCGCCACCAAUGAAUCCGCCCAUCUUGUCUGUGGUGCAAGAGCCCUACACCCAACUGCCCAUACCGUUAGUGUUGAAUUCGCGCGAAGACAAACGUCCAUUAUACUAUACGCAUAGCGAAGGGCGUAGGGGCGGCAAUGGGGGUGCGCGAAAGCGGGCGGGUGGUUACGAGGUGCAGACCUAUAUGAAUCCACUGCUGACCGGCGAACUGAUAUUCGAAAAAUAAAUUGGAAUGAAGAUGAAGGAGGUUCGAGAAUCGUAGAGUUAGAGGGAGUUAUAAGCAAAAGUAGAGAUGUGAGGCGGAGUGAGGUUAGGAAGAUCUCAAAAUUUUACUUUAGCGGAAGGCAGAGCAGAGAAGAUUGCAGAAGACACGCAUAAAGCAUUGAAGAAUGUAUGUAUGUAUGGUGUUUGGUAGGGUAAAAAACCGCAAACUAUUUCGUAAUUGGCUCAUAUCAUAGGUAAACAACAAUUACAACAACAACAACAAAUAACAAAACUGCCAUUAUUGCCGCCCCCCAAAAAAGCAAUGACCGCAGCAGCAGCAGCAAGCGUGCUUACAAAGCGCAUUUUUGCGGCGACUGCGAACACAACAACAACAACCACAACAACACUUAACUAUGAAAAAACCGAAAACAAUAAGCAAAGAGGAAACAACAAACAAACUAGAGCAUAUAUAGUAAAUUUUUGAAUGUGUAGCAAUUAGUGAUAAACAAAAAAAUAACAGCAACAAAAAACCAAAACCAAAAAAACCUGAAUAAUGAAAUAUCGAAAAAAUAUAUAUGUAGCAACAACAAAAAUCUUAUAUAUCCGUAUACCCAACAACCAAAAUACACUUGUAAUCGUCUGUAUGUACUGUUUAUACUCGUAUUGUAUGUUUAUAUUAUAUAUAUAUAUAAUCGACAAAAAAAUUUAAAAAUAUAUAAACCUUCCCGCCUAAACACCAAAUUCACACUCACACCAGUUUAUAUAUGUACGUAUCGGAUCAUAUGGUUCGUAGCACAUUUUGAGCAGCAUAAGGAACGCAUUUACGCAUAUGAAACGCAUGAAAACGCAUUAACACGCAUAAUAACGCAUACGAAAACGCAUGAGAACGCAUAUAAACGCAUGAAAAUACAUGAAAACGUAUAUAAACGCAUGAAAACGCAUGAAAACGCAUGAGAACGCAUUGGAAAUGCAUUAAAAUGCAUGAUUAGGCAUAAGAAGAAAUACAUAUAAAUGCAUAAUAACGCAUUAAAACGCAUGAAAACGCAUGAGAACGUAUUUAUUGUUCAACACCAACGCCACAACCACCACCACUCGCUAUCAACUUUUCACACCUUUCACUUCGCCUUCACCAACGCCAAUAGUCACACACACACACAGCCUCACUUAAUCACUAAAUCACUUAGCCACUUGUUCAAACGCCAUGUUCACCAACACCACUUUCUCACUCUCACCAACACACACACACGCGCGCAUUUACUAGUGAAGAAUUUAAUCACCAAAUCAAAUCAAGUACACCACCAACAAUAAUAAAAGUAAAAAUAAAAAUACAACAAAAACAAAAAAUGGAAAGAAUAUAACAAAUACUAAAAAACAACAAUAACAAAAACAAAAGAUCAAAUAGCAUAGGCUCUUAUAUAUGUAUGUACGAUGUAUAACAAAAUGUAUGUAUGUAUUGUUGAAUUAGAGACAGAGAAGUUCGAGAAGCGCGAGCCUUAUAAACAAAGGCGCAAAGUGGUCAAAAAGUAUCAAAAUAGUAAGGAAGCAAGCAAUAAAUUAAUAGUUGGAGAAAUGCUGAAGCAUAGCACACAAGAAAGAAUUGGAGAGGAAUGGAUUAGGUACGGAGCAGCCGAAAUUAUAGGUUCUCAUAUGAGUGUGGUAGUACACUUCUUGGUGUAUGUGUAUGUGUAGGUACUUAUUUUGGAAAUGUACUUGUGAACUGCAAGCGUAAGCCUUUACUUUAACAGCAUCAAUGACUUGCAGUUUGCAAAUAAAAGAAAAUGCAAUGAUAAUAAUAAAAA